AUGCUGAGAUCAAAAUCGGGGUUCCAGAAGCGUGUCAAGGAAGUAGCUCCGAAUGCCAAGGGGAUCCAUUGUAUGAUCCAACGUUUUGCACUGGCGUCGAAAACCCUCCCUGACGAACUUUGCAAGAUCCUGGAGGCAGUGGUCAAAUGUGUCAACUUUGUGAAAGCUGGAGAUCUGAACUCUCGCUUUUUCCAGAACUUUUGUAGAGACAUGGAUUCAAAGCAUAAAGCCCUCCUCUUUUACUCCAAAGUGCGCUGGCUUUCCAUGGGCAAUGUUGUGAAUCGAGUGUUUGAACUUCGAGAAUUGCACGGGAAAGAUGAUCUAUUAAGUCAAUUCAAUGAGGUGUUGUGGGAGCCACGUCUUGCAUAUUUAGCAGAUAUAUUUGAGCAGCUAAACAGGCUGAAUCUCAAGCUGCAGGGCAAGGACAGAAAUGUGUUUUACCUCAUGGAUUGUCUUCGUGCAUUUCUUGCCAAGCUCCAGAAUUGGCAAAGGAAAAUCAAUGCAGGAAAUGUUGCCAUGUUUGAGAAUCUUUCAACUGUUCUUGAUGAGAAUGAAGAUCAUCUGCUUGACCCAUCACUCAAAACUGAAAUCACUCAGCACUUGAAAUCCUUGGAAAAUGAGUUCAAAAAGUAUUUCCCAGAAUUCGAGGAGAAAGAUGGGAAAUUGGUGAGGAAUCCUUUCUCUAGCACUCUUGAUAUUGCUACCAUUCACAAUGAUGUUCAGGACAAAUUUCUUGAUCCCAAGAAUGAUUCUGCUGCCAAAGAUGUCUAUGAAGAAAGGUCUCUGACUGUAUUCUGGUGCUCAAUGUAUCAGUCAUAUCUAAAAGUUAGCGAGAUUGCACUUCGAGUCCUCUUGUCUUUUUCAACUACCUAUUUAUGCGAAUCUGGUUUCUCCACCCUUCUACAUAUAAAGAGUAAAAGCCGGAACCGACUGGAUGUGGACCCGAACAUGAGAUGUGCGUUGUCAGUGACACUACCUCGGAACAGUCACCUGACUGAAAGGAAACAAUGUCAGCCUUCUCAUUGA